UUACAGUCACGUUUAUAGUCAUCGGCCGACCGUUCGUACGGACGUUAUACACGCGCGCGCGUCCUCGUUGUCGUCUUCGUCGUCGUCACAAUAAUAAUAAUAAUAAUAAUAACAGUGUAAUAUUCUCUCUCACUCGCCAGUCGAGCGUUCACGUGUAUUAUUGUCGUGUACGGAUUUUUUUUCCCGUUUCAAACCGCGCAGCGUGUGUCCGUCCGAUCGUCUCGGGCACGACGGAUCGUUCUUAUUUUUUUUCGGCCGAGUGAUACGCGCUACGUUUUGUCUCUGUUUCUCGUAACCCACAAAAAUAGUGUUUCGAUAUUACUAUAAUAUAUAAUAAUAAAUAACAGUGUACAGUGUGUCGCGAGCCGUGCGCCAAGGGUGGUUUUUUCGUCGUCCGCGGGCGCCCGCGGGUGUGUGUCGCGCGCGUGAGAUGUGUCGUCGUCAUCCGUCGUCGUCCGUCGUCGUAGUUAUUUGCACCGGUGUGACGCGAUCCGUGUGAAAUGUUGAUGAUGAUGGACUGCAGCAACAGGAAGCCGCCGGCGGACUUGUCAUCCGGCGUGGUCGUAGCGGCCGUGUCGUCACCGGAGCUGGCGGUUGCCGGCACGUGGCACCCCCACGUGUACGGAAACCCCCCCAGGACGCCCACUGCCCACAACGUGGCUGACAUACUAGGAUGGACCAAAGCCGGUACCGACGAACAGCCCCUGAACUUGUCGACGGCCAAACGGCCGAACGGCACCGUGCUGGACCUGACCAAGAUCAAACGGAAAGCGGACGUAAUACCCACGACUGCAGUGAUGUUGAAAAAUAAUAAUAACAAUAACAACAACAACAACAACGGUAUCGGUAGUCAUCUACAACAGCAACACCACAAUCAUUAUCAUCAUCAGCAGCAUCACCAGCAUCAUCACCUUCAGUCGUUGUCGUCUACCACGCAGAAUAAUAACAUGCCAGCGGUAGCAGUCGCUACGACAACAACGACUACAGCGUCCGCGGCUAUAGCCGCCACGGUCAUGGCGACUACCGCUCCACCGGCAGUACGGAAGAAGUCGCGAAAGGAUGUGCCGCCGUCGUCGUCGCCGGGUUUACUGGUGAGCUCGUCUUCCGGUUCGCCGGCCGGACAGCUAGCCGGAGAGAGUGACGGUGGACAUUCGUCCGACGGUUGUGGUGACCGGAAGCGGAAGAAGGCGCGGACCACAUUCACCGGCCGGCAGAUAUUCGAGCUGGAGAGGCAGUUCGAGCUGAAGAAGUACCUCUCGUCGUCCGAAAGAUCCGAAAUGGCGAAAAUGUUGGGCGUCACCGAGACACAGGUGAAGAUCUGGUUCCAGAACAGACGGACAAAGUGGAAGAAACACGACACCGUGACGACGACGGAAUCGUCCGACCCGGCGACGGCUGCCGCCGCUGCCGCGACAUCAGCAGGACUCGGUGGCGGAGGUGGACUGGCCAAGUGUUCGCCAAAGGCCGCAGCCGGCGCUAAGUUUCUCAGCGAGGGCGACGACCACUCGUCGCUGGAAGACUCGGAGAGCUGCUACAGCAGCGUGGACGCGGCCGAGUCCAAGGUGGUCACAGCCCGGACGCCCGAGUCACUGCCGCCCACGUCGCCGACGACGGACAACGAGACCGCGGCCACGGCCACUACGACGACCGCCAUGGCCAGGGCGCCCAGUUAGAGGGAAAACUCCAGUCGUUUUUUUCAAAAUGUUAAAAAUAACAAAAUAAAACGAUCAAAAUAAACGAACAGAUCGCUAUUGGACAUAAUAAUAUUGUGUUUGUUUUUCGUUUUUUUUUUCUAGACGCGCGACGAUGCGUGCAAUAAUAAUAAUAUUAAUUAUUAUUAUUCGUCUGUGUGUGUGAUAAAAAUUAAUAUUAAAAAGCGA